AUGAUACUGACUACAUACACACUCUAUACACACCUCAGUAUCAGAAGUGAUUUGCCCUUAGACUGCGCCCCACUUCAGCUCAUAAUUUUUGGAUCGUCGUCGAGGCCACAUCAGCUGCAGCAGAAGAGGGCGCAGAAGGCGAAAAUUUCCCUAGGCAGCCCAACGGACAAACAACGAAGAACAUCCGCUGCACCGCAGGAGAAGCAAACCACAGGCCAAGGUUCCGAAGGAGAGAGGAAACCGGCCAAGCCCGCGGCCCGUCCGCUGGUUGACGAAACGAAUCUGGCCACCAUCACCCCGAAGGAUCGGAACUUCGGAACGAAUCGCCACUGCAGACCAUCGGGAAAGAAGAAGAGCAGCUCCUCCACCAUCGCAAGUGUAACGGACAAGAAGCAAAAGCCCCGCCGCAAGUAGCACUUAGGAACGUGGUGCUGAUGCAGGUUGACCCAGACCAAAGCCAUGGACAUCUUCCUCAACGUUGACAGGAGAAGCGGCCCGAAUGAAGCACUACACCUCGCGGAAGAUUUGAUAAACAAACGGCCCUUUUCAGGGCCACCAAAUAUCUCACGAAAGAGUUGUUCCUUCAAAAUUUCCCUCUAAGAAUGUUCCCUAAAAAUUUAAAAAAAGAUCGAAUAAAAAUCAUUUCACCACAGAGUUAGCAUGAAACCACUGUUUCUGUGUGGUAGAAUGUCAUACGCGCUUGUGUGUGUGUGUGUGUGUGUGUGUGUGUGUGUGUGUGUGUGUGUGUGUGAGCACGGAGAGGGAAAAAUCGCCUGCUGCAAAAAUGCACAAGUCAGAAUAACUGU